AUGCUAAAUUAUCUUCCCUAGGUUUUGUAGAAGUUUGUGUAAAAUGUUGUUAGCCAAUAUGAGUUUUGUGAAAUAUUUGUGCAGUUUUAGCUUAUUCUUAUUUCAUUUAAAUUAUGUUUUGGCUUAUUUAGAGUACGAUAACUGGGUGAACAUCGAAUUGAGCCAUGCUAUUGAUGGUGCAAAUCCUGAUGACUUUACUUAUCGUGGGAAUGUUACUAUUUCCAGCUUAGAAAUUGGUCUAGCGAAAACCAAUCAGGAAGCUCUCACAGCGAGUCAGAGGGCUAAUCUUUUGUCCCUAGCAAGAAAGAAUCAAUUGUAUAGAUUAAAAGCAAAGGUUGUUUAUGCCGAUGGAAAGCAACAUGAUUUCCUUAGCUCGACUAAAGCAUGUAAUUUAAUGUCAGCCCAGCUCAACGACAUAUUGUGGGUCUCUAUAGACAACAGUGGUUCGGUGAAUGGCAUUACUGUGCUAACUGCUGGAUCUGACAAGUGCUCUUGCGAAGAUAUAUCAAUGUCUGGCUUAGAAGAUUUUAAUACUGAUGUACUUAUCAGACACACUGAGAUGGCACCAUAUCCAGACACGACAACAUUUAUUCAAAAAUUGGAAAGGGAAAGAGAAGCUAGAGAAAGGGGGGAGGUUCGUGAUAACCGAGGCUUUUUCGCCAAAUAUUGGAUGUAUAUUGUUCCCGUUGUUUUGCUUUUAUUUAUCUCCGGAGCGACUAACCAGGAUAAUGCUAAAUAAAUUAGGAUAGCGCAGAGAUCAAGAUACAUAUGUAUUAUGUUUAACACACAUUUGUUUUAUUAUUAAUCUUAAUUAGAUGUCUUCUUUGAACGAACUAUGUAAUGAAAUAAAAAUUAAAAUAUAAAACUA